AUGAACUUCUUGGCUGUCUUCGCUUUGAUCUUCGUGGCUCUCUGCUCAGUAUCAACUCAAUAUCAUUACGGUAUGGGUGGUCAAUAUGCUCCAUACUACAGUAACUAUAACUACCAGCCUCAAGGUCUGUUCUAUCGUUCUCCAGCUGUGUAUGAUGCCUCUAACACACGAUCCUUUGGAGUAUCGUUUGGUACUGGUAAUGGGCUCUAA